AUGGAAGCGGAUCUUCCUAUAUUAAUCGAGGACUCAGAUGAGGAAGGAGAGGCUAUGAAGUUGGGGGAAAUUGAAGAUGACGUCAAACUCUUGCAAGAGGUCCCCCUGGAACACAGUUCUCCUGGUGGUCCUUUAACGGUUACUUUGCCGAGGUCUGCUGUGGACCUGGCCAAAAAACUUUCUUCGCUUUCUGAGGCCAGUCUUCAACGCAUUGGGGACUUUCUUCCAUUUCUGGAGAGCAAGAAAAAUGCUCAAAUAGGGAGGGAUGGUCUUAAGGCUGAGCUUGCCCAGGAGAAAGAGAUUUCCGAGAAGCGGGAGAAUUUAGAAGAGUGUGGGGAAGUCAUGGCAGAACUACAUGAACGAGAGGAGAGCCAAAUGCUUCAAGUAGAGGCUUCCAUGAGGCGCCAGAUGGAACGUCAUUCAGGCGUUUUUCAAAGUGCUCUUAGUGGAAUCCCCCAGGGUUAUCUGGCUGAGGGGAUAGAACUUACAACUGGGGAUCUUCAAGUGUGGACAAUUGGUGAGACUAAGGUCUUUUUGGGGAGUGUGGAGGCCAUUCAAGAGUACUUGAUGGAAGAUGCAAAGUUUGCAGCGACUCAACAUUGUGACAAGCAAUCAAUCAUUAAUUUGUUAAAGCAGUUAAAGACCCCCAAAAACCUGGCUGCAGCAAAACGUCCUCGCACAAAUGAAAUAAGCUCUGUAGUUGGAGACUCUCAAGCAUUAGAUGCUUUGUCAAAAAGAGUAAAGACAAAAAGUUCUGUGCCUCUUCAAGUAACAUCUGCUUUGGUAGAAAGAGAGGUAAAACAAGGAGCUUUCGGUUUUGACAUGGAGGAGGAGCUUCUGGAUUUGCUGAAUCCUUGGCAUUGCUACCAUCCCUUCAGAGGGAGUCUGUUUGAGCCAGAGGAUCCAAUUGGGUACAAGCGCAAUGUUUUCAAGCGCUUUGGUUUGGAUAUACAGAAGUUGGACAAGGACUCAAAACAUUUUCUUCCGGUUCUGGGUUGCGUGCUUCAUGCUGCAGAGAUUUGCUUUGGGUUUGAGUGGACCCAGUGCUUGAACAAGACUUGGGGAGCAUUCGCAUGUGCUGGCAGCUGUCCAUAUUGGUUGGAUAGUGGAAAAACUGCUCCAGGGAUUCCCCCUGGACUUCCUCAUCAUCAUUCUACCGAUCAUGGUGUUGAGGGAUGUUUUGGAAAUGGACCUUUCCACAUCAACCUCACGGUUAUUGGGUCAGGAGGUGACCCUUUCAGACAGAUGGACAAGAUCUUAAGUCAGAAGAUGUUCCUGGAAGUCUUCUCUGCAGACUUCUUAUGCUUGGACCCCAAGAGAGCUGUAUCUGGACGUUUCAUCGUGGGAUCAUCAGUUUGAAUUGGAAACUCCUC